AUGUAUCAAUCUAAGCAACCAUUAGGUAGUAAUGAGAACAAUCAGUCUGUCUUUACUGAGAAAUAUGAACAAUUCCCAGUUGAUGAAACCACUAUUGAUAAAGAGAAUAUAAUACCUUAUAAUUAUCAAUCCAUUUAUAAAGGUUUACAUACAAGUAAUUCGGCUAAUGUAUCUGUCAAGAAUACAUUAAUUAACAAACAAUUACAAAAUUCGACUCAAUUUCAACAACAUCGAUCUGUGUUGAGUGACGUCACAUCUCAGGUAAACAAUAAAUUAAAUAGUGUUCCUUCAAAUUCAACAUUAAAGUCUGAUGGAGGUUCGUCACACUCAUCAUCUUCGACAACUAAUUCUGUGGAUGUUUGGAGCAAUCACAGUUUAAAAGAACAACAAAAAUAUAAUAACAAUUUUAAAGAAGUUAGAAAUAGUAAUUCUCCAAUAGUAUUAGAAACUAAUGAAAAUGGGUCUGAUCAAAAAUAUAAUCCUCUUUCGACGGAAUCGAAUGAUAUUGUUGAAGAUGAGGAUGAAAAUAAUCUAGAAGACGAACAACAAACAAAUGAAUAUUCGGCUAUCGAAUCUGAUGAUAAUAAUGAUCAUAUGAUAAUACCGUUGGAAUUAAAAUUUACUAAUGAAAUUAAUAUGAUACUAGAUGAAGCUCAUAAUACAUAUUACCGUGAUACUCUUGAUUUAAUGGAUGAGGAUACAUAUGAUGUAGUUAUGGUUGCUGAGUUAACAGAUGGAAUAUUUGAUUAUUUAAGAAAAUUGGAGAUGGAAUAUAAACCAAAUCCAAAUUAUAUGCAUUAUCAAAAAGAAUUAAGAUGGUCAUAUAGAAGAAUCUUAUUGGAUUGGAUAGUUGAAGUUCAUAAUAGGUUUCAACUAUUACCUGAAACAUUAUAUUUAACUGUUAAUCUAAUUGAUAGGUUUUUAUCGAAGAAAAGUGUCAUGUUAAACAAAUUUCAAUUAGUCGGUGCGGCAGCUUUAUUUAUUGCUGCUAAAUAUGAAGAGAUAAAUUGUCCAUCGUUAAAGGAUAUUCUAUACAUGUUAAAUGAUGCAAAUACAAAAGAAGAAAUUAUUGAAGCAGAAAGAUUUAUAAUUGAUUCAUUAGAAUUCGAAAUCGGUUGGCCUGGCCCUAUGUCAUUUCUACGAAGAAUUAGCAAAGCUGAUGAUUACGAAUAUGAAAUAAGAACAUUAGCAAAAUAUUUAUUAGAAUCAACCAUUAUGGAUCCUCGUUUAAUAUCUAUCCCUCCGAGUUGGUUGGCUGCCGCUGCAUAUUUCCUAAGUAAAGUUAUCUUAGGUUACAAUUCGUGGUCAUUGAAACAUACUUUUUAUGCAGGUUAUACACAGGAACAAAUUCUACCAUUAGCUACGAUAAUCUUAGAAAAUUGUAGAGAUGCAUCGCAUUGCCACAAAGCAAUUUUGAAAAAAUAUUCAAAUUCUCGUCAACAUAAUUCUGCACAAUUGGUAGCCAGAUGGAUAGGCUCUGCAGAGAAAAAAGUUCAACAUGAUUCAUCUAGUACUUAUGGUGAUGGUGAUGAUGAUGAUAAAAAUGAAGAAAGUGGAAGUGAUCGAUUAUAG